UGCGCUGCUAAACCAGCGGCGAAUCCAAAGCCAGCUGCAAAGGCAUCGGGGCUUUUACCUAUCGACGAGGCUUUUGAAAAAGUUUCAUUUGUUUUUCUGGAACAGACACAAUCUGGACUCGCCUCAGAAUCAUCUGAAGGGAGUGCAGACCUCCCCCUCGGUGAAGCGACAGACAUGGAUAGGUGUCCAGAGGGAAAAUACUUCUCCAACGACCUCUGUUUGGAGUGUCCCUCUGGGCAUUUUUGUCCUGGCAAUGUAUCUGCACCUCAAAGAUGUCCAGCAGGAACGUUCAACCUCUACAUAGGGAAAAGCCGUAUCAGUGACUGUAAGCCGUGUUUUCCAGGUCUGAUCAGUUCAGAGGACCGAGUGGACUGUAGGCUGUGUCCUGCAGGUUUCUCAUGUGAUCCAGUCAAUGGGACACUCUCUUUAUGCCCCCCGGGACAACAUUCUCCUGAAGGGGUCCUACAGUGUCUGACGUGCCCUGUAGAUUCAGUCUGCACCUCUGGAUUUCCAAUUAGGUGUUGGCCUGGCAUGGAGCCGAAUGUAGAUCACACUGUAUGUAAUGACUGUCCCCCGGGCCUUUAUUCCACUAUAUGCACUAUCCAGUGCAUUCAGUGUCCAGCAGGAAGUUACUGUCCAGAUAGUGGGAUGACACAGCCGCUCCCCUGUCCUCCUACUUGGUCUUCCACACACGGGCAGACUGAAUGCCGUAGCUGUAAUGAUACGUCUUUGCUGUGUGGGGGAGCUGUGGCCCCCCGCUGGAACCAGCCAGUCCAAAGGUCCAGUCAAACGAUCAGCUGUCGAUCAGGAACAUACAAAGAUCUGAGGGAAGAGUUAGCAUGUGUGAUCUGUCCAGUAGGACAUUAUUGUGUGGGAGGUGUUGCUGUACCCUGUCCUGCUGGGACUUAUGGCCCUAAUGAAGGUCUGCAGAGGCUGAGAGACUGCACAAUCUGUCCUGCAGGGUUUUACUGUCUGGAAGGCAGUUCAUGGAGACCCACCUCCCAGUUCCUGUGCACACAGGGAUAUUACUGUGAGGAGGGCACCCUCACCCCUAAUGGGUCACCUUGCCCUGCUGGUACAGCGGGAGAACAAAUGGGUCAGACAAGUAGGGCAGCCUGCAAGAGAUGUAGAGAAGGACGCUUCUGUCCUGCAGGCUCGUCAGGUCCUGGCUUGCCCUGUGCUCGGGGGAGAUACUGUCCUGCUGGCACCUUGGAAGAAGUGAUUUGUCCUCGAGGCACCUUCACACCUCAUCAAGGAGCCAUAAGUGUGAAGGACUGUCUCAAAUGCCCGGCGGGUUUUUACUGUCCUGAGGGGAGAAGCGACCCUGUACCCUGUCCACCAGGCUCCUUUAACCCCUUAGAGGGUCAGGAUGAGUUGGAUGAUUGCAGGGAGUGCUACGCAGGGAAGGCCUGCACACAGGUAGCCCUGAAAGCCCCAGAUGUGGACUGCAUGCAAGGGUUUGUGUGUCCCCCUGGGUCUUCUCAACCCAACGCACCAACCAAUGCCUGCCCACCUGGGACACUGAGCGAUCGCACUGACCUCACUGACCGCUCACAGUGUCAGCAGUGCCUAGCUCGAUAUGCCUGUCUUAGAGGAACUGGUGGUAUCCAGAGACCACCACUCUUCUGCUUUUCAGGGCAUUAUUGUCCACCUGGAACGAUGUUCCCCACCCAGCACAAGUGUCCUGUGGGGACAUGGAGCGGUCAGAGUGGACUGGAAGCUGAAAGUGAGUGCCGGCCAUGCCCACAGGGCUGGUACUGUUUGGCUGGAUCUGCAGCUCCGUCAGGGCGAUGCAGCUCUGGACACUACUGUCCUGAAGGGACUGCAUAUGGCACCCAGUUUCCUUGCCCUGCGGGGACCUACAGCAUCCACAUUGGAAACAGAUACAGAGAAGAUUGCCUGAUAUGUCCUGAAGGCUCAUUCUGUCAAAAGGGCACCUCCAAACCUUCACCCUGCCCCAUAUCCACAUUUCGCCAUCUGAAAGGGGGUCGGAGGCAGGACGACUGCUCUGCUUGCCCUGCUGGCUAUUUUUGUCCCCACUCAGCCACCGUCAACCCCAGAGUGUGUGGAGCUGGAAGCUACUCUGAUGAGGGCUCUGUGGAGUGUUCUCCAUGCCUGCAGGGCCACUACUGCAGUGAUGAGACGACUAGUGAAGAAGCCAUGUUAAGCGUCAUGGUGUGCCCCCCAGGCUUUCUCUGCUCUCAGGGUUUAGCCCGAGACCCCCAGCGCUCAGCCACACUUUGUCCUCGAGGCUUCUUCUGCCCAGGAGGAGGCAUUGAUCCCAACCCCAUUCCCUGCACCAAUGGUACCUAUGGUGAGUCUCCUGGUCUGCGGGAUGCUAGCGAAUGUGCUCAGUGUCCGGAGGGGGAAUACUGUUAUUCCCAGGAGCCUCAGGAGCAGCCUAUAACCCGGCCUACAGGCAUUUGUCCUGAUGGGCACUAUUGCCCCAGAGGGACUGGUUACCCCCUCACUUACCCCUGUCAGGCUGGACAAUAUAGGAACAACACUCUUGGUCACAGUGGAGAGGCAUGUGUUUUAUGUCCAUCCAGGCAUUAUUGCGACAGACCGGGAACUCACAUGCCUGCAGUCUGCCCUCAGGGCUUUUACUGUCCGGAGGGCACUUCUGCUGCCGAACCUUGUCCUGAAGGAACCUACAGCUCGCGUUCAGCUCUCAGUAAUGGGUCUAAGUGCUCCUCUUGUGCUGGAGGACAGUAUUGCGCCAGUGUGGGACUCUCAGAGCCCUCGGGAAGCUGCAAAGAGCGCUUCUACUGUAGAGAAGGAGCCAAGUCUGCAACUCCUGCAGAUGGGCCGACAGGAGGUUUGUGUCCAGUAGGAAGUUACUGUCCUCCGGCUUCGUCCUCUCCACUGCCCUGUCCAUCUGGCACCUUCAGCAACAGCACUGGCCUCAGCAGACCUGAGGAGUGUGUCAGCUGUCUGCCAGGUUUCUAUUGUUUAGGUUCCAACAACACCUCCCCUUCAGGUCCUUGUUUUCCUGGUUUCUACUGUACUGGUGGCUCAGCUUCCCCUGUUCAGAGUGAAGCAGAGGAAGGGUAUUAUACCUUGGAGAGGGCAGCGAGGCAACAGCCAUGUCCUCUUGGCACUUAUCAGCCGCGUCGAGGUGCACAGUCAUGUGUGGAGUGUCAGGGAGGCAGACUGUGUAACCAGACAGCCUUGUCACGCCCACCAAUGUGUCCCAAAGGACACUUCUGUCCUCCGGGGUAUUCUGCUGCUCGACCCUGUCCUCCAGGCUCUUACUCUGACCAGCCUGGUGGUGAUGCUAUGCACCACUGUCGGCCAUGCGAGGCCGGAUGGUUUUGCAGCCGAGCCGGACUCUCUGAGCCUCAGGGUCUCUGUGACCCGGGACACUACUGCACCUCUGGAGCCUCCACUGCCUCUCCUCAGGUGGCUUUGUUGUCUGGAGGAGUUUGUUCUGCAGGCUACAUCUGUCCACGAGGGACCUCUUACUCGCAGCAGCACCCCUGCCCUGUAGGGACCUGGGGCAACACUGUGGGUGCCCAAAACAUGUCCUCCUGCUGGCCCUGCCCUUCAGGACUCUACUGCAACAAUACAGGACUCAGCAAGCCUUCAGGACUUUGUGAUAAAGGGUAUUAUUGUUCAGGAGGGGCUGUGUCUUCAAUGCCCUCAGACAGUUUGACAGGGGACAUUUGCCCAAUUGGACACUACUGUCCCAUGGGCUCAACUUCCCCUCUCCUCUGUCCUGAUGGGACGUACUUCAACAGUACAGGUGCAGAAGAGUGUGAUGACUGCCUCUCAGGGACUUACUGUCUCUCAGGGGAAGGCGUCCAGCCCUGUCCAGCAGGACACUAUUGUUUUGGUGGCAGUGUUGAGGGCAUCCUGCCCUGCCCUCCUGGCACAUACAGCCCUCAGUUUGGCCUCAGCCAAGUGGAGCAGUGCCUCAUCUGUCCAGCAGGGUUUUACUGUGAGGACUGGGGUCUGUUUGAACCUACUGGACCCUGUCAAGCUGGUUACUACUGCAUAGCAGGUGUGAACUUUCAGAACCCAGAUGGUAACUUCAGCACAGGAGUGGGAGGAACCUGUCCAAAGGGGAAGUACUGUCCUGAGGGCACCAGUCUCCCCCUGCCCUGCACACCAGGUACUUACUCUAACAGUAACGACCCCAUCUCUGGUUGCAGUCUUCAUCUGACAGACGUCUCUGGCUGUAAUCCAUGUCCAGCGGGUGUUUUCUGUGGCACUGCAGGUCUCACUCGUCCAUCUGGACUGUGUCAGGCAGGAUUUUACUGUCCAGGGGGAGACACAAAAGCUACAGGCUCAGAAGGAGGUCUUUGCCCACAAGCUCAUUACUGCCCUGAGGGUAGUGCGAGCUCAGUGCCAUGCCCAGCUGGAGCCUACUCCAUCCUCACAGGCCAAUCAGUGUGUUCCCGCUGCCCUGCUGGCUACUACUGUCCAGAGAAGACUGGAAACUUCUCCAAGUCCCCCUGUCCCCCUGGUUUCUACUGCCCCGACGGUACAAGGCAUGCCACCCAGUUUCCCUGUCCUCGUGGAUACUACAACCCAGAGCCAAUGACUCAGAGUCUGGACAGCUGCCUGCCUUGUCCCCCAGGACACUACUGUGAGAAGGAGAGGCUGACCAAAGUGUCUGGAAAAUGCAAAGCCGGUUGGUUUUGUGUGUCAGCUGCUUGGAACUCCCAGCCUUUUGACCUGGACAACUACACAAAUGCCAACUGUCUUUGUCCAGCUACAUCUACAGGGGGGCGCUGCCAGGCGGGCUUUUACUGCCCCUUAGGUAGCUCAGAGCCUGUGCCUUGUCCACCUGGAACAUUCUGUAACAUCUCAGGUUUGGCUCUGCCGAUGGGACCCUGCUUCCCUGGGUAUUUCUGUGUUGGAGGAGCAACUGAAGCCAAACCAACAGAUGGAGGAACAGGCAGCAUCUGUCCACCUGGGGCAUACUGUGUUGAGGGCUCAGGAGAGCCAGAGUUGUGUCCAGCAGGUACUUUCUCCCCAGUGCCAGGUCUAACCAGUGAGGCGAGCUGUCAGCCGUGUACUGCAGGUGUCUACUGCAGAGAAGCAGGUCUCAGGGCUCCAACUGGACCCUGCAGCCAAGGCUAUUGGUGCCCGCCUGGUCAGACAGUGGCUACAGCUCUGCCGUGUCCUCCAGGUCACUUCUGUGUGCAGGGAAGUGCCACUCCAGAGCCUUGCCCGUCAGGAACCUACCAGGACAGAGAGAAACAGGCAACCUGCACCAUUUGUGGCGCAGGGUACUACUGCGAUUUGAGACUAGCCAAUGCCUCUUUUUUGCGGCCUUGCCCCAAAGGACACUACUGCCCUGCAGGUACAAGCAUGCCCGACCAACACCCCUGCCCCAGUGGCUCCUUCAACCCGAGAGUGCACACUGCCAGCCUCACCUCCUGCAUGCCCUGCGCUGCGGGACACUUCUGUCCUUCUGUGGGCCUGUCAGAGCCGGCAGGACCAUGCAAUACUGGUUAUUGGUGCAGAGAGGGGGCUUCCUCUCCAAGCCCACUUGAUGGACGCUCAGGUUCCCUGUGUCCACCUGGUCAAUACUGCCCCUCAGGCACAACAGCUCCUAUGGCCUGCCCUGAAGGCAGCUGGUCAAACAGCUCAGGACUGCAUAAUCAGGAGGACUGCAAACUGUGUCUGGGGGGGUUUUACUGCGACUCUGCUGGUCUCACUAAACCUAGUGGGCCUUGCAGUGGGGGAUUUUACUGUGUUAAGGGAGCCGUGACACCCAACCCUACUGAUGGAAUUACAGGGGGACCAUGUCCUGAGGGUUCCUACUGUCCAGAGGGCACUGUUCAACCUCUGCCUUGUAAACCAGGGACAUAUGUUGCUGUUACACAUGCUACUGAGUGUGAGCCAUGUGUGGCAGGCUGGUACUGUGUGUCUGGCUCUCUGUACUCGUGUCCUCCAGGCUUUUACUGCCCUGAAAGAACUGGAUUUGACUUAAAAGGCUGUCCAGAGGGAACUUAUGGCCCUGACCCCGGCUACUGGUCCGUUUCUCAGUGCAGGCAGUGUGACAGCGGCCAUUACUGCUCUUCCAGAAAUGGCACAGCUGUCACUGGACAAUGUCAAGAAGGAUAUUACUGCUCACAUGGAAACACCUCUCCACAACCCCUGUUACGGGCUGCAGAAGAGGGAGGGCCGUGUCCUGCCGGUCAUUACUGCCCCCAAGCCGCCAUAAAUCCUCUGCCCUGUCCACGUGGAACAUUCUCUGAUCUCACCAAAUUAGCCUCCCAGGAGGAUUGCCAGCCAUGUCUCCCUGGUUACUAUUGUGAUGCUGUAGGGCUUUCGGUCCCUUCAGGGGAAUGCUGGGAAGGUUUCUUCUGUCUGGGGGGUGCAGAUCGCCCUGACCCUCCUCUGAUAGACAGCCGGGGAGGACCGUGCCCAAAAGGAUAUUAUUGCUCUGAGGGCUCUGUGGCUCCUCAGCAGUGCCCUCUGGGAACCAUCAGUACGGAGGACAGCAGAGCCGGCUGCGGUGCCUGUCCCCAGGGUUUUUACUGUCCUGGCAAUAACGGCUCUCUGUCGAGGACUUAUGAGUGUCCAGUGGGUCAUUACUGUCCGUCCGGGACCUGGUCCAAACACCAGUACCCGUGUCCAGCUGGCUCCAUUAACCCCCACACUCGGAUGGCACAACCCCAGGACUGCUUGCUCUGCCCUCCAGGCUCCUUCUGUUUGUCUCCUGGGAAGAGUGUUGCAACAGGCCAAUGCGAAGCAGGGUACUACUGCCUCUCUGGGGCCUGGUCACCCACACCAGAGGAUGGAGAAACGACAGGGGACAGAUGUCCUGAAGGUCAUUACUGUCCCCAGGGCUCCUCAGCACCAGUGCCCUGUCCUAUAGGACGCUACAGCAACACAACCAGAAACCGUUAUCUCUCCGACUGUCUGACUUGUCCUCCAGGUUUCCUGUGUGUCACCAGAGGGCUCUCUUUCCCUUCUCAUAUCUGUCCAGCGGGCUAUUACUGCCCAGGCAAAGUUAACAGCAGCCAGCAGGCCGCUAUACCCUGCUCACCUGGAAAUAUGUGCCCACCUGGAUCUGGUAGACAGGUGCCUUGCUUACCAGGAACCUACCAGGAUUUACCUGGUCAGGCAGAGUGUUUUCAAUGUCCGGCAGGAUUUUACUGUGCUGGAUCAGUGGAUAGUGGCACUGUGCAUGUUUCUGGCACUCACUCUCCCACGUUGUGCCCAAAAGGACACUAUUGCCCACCAGGAACACAGUCUGGUGUAGCAUUCCCAUGCCCAGCUGGUGCCUUCAGCAGGCAGAUGGGUUUGUCCAAUAAGUCGGGCUGUGCGCUCUGCCCUCCAGGGAGGUAUUGCAGUUCCUCUGGACUGGCUGCUCCCACUGGGGUCUGCUCUCCUGGUUACCUCUGUAUCCAUGGUUCUGUUUCUGCCCAGCCGGAGGAGGGCCCAACAGGAGGCCGCUGCUCUCCAGGGUCCUAUUGCCCCCAGGGUACCAGCUUGAUGGUUCCCUGCCCUGCAAGCACCUUCAGCUCCAUAGACGGGGCAGUUUCUAUAGAAGUAUGUCAGCCCUGUUUGCCUGGUCAUUACUGCGCUGAGGUUGGCCUUUCCUCCCCAUCUGGGCUGUGCAAGCCAGGCUUUUACUGCAGGGAGGGAUCCAGAACAGCCACACCUUGGGGUAACUAUACAGGAGAAACCACACCAACAUCCCCACAUUCUGGCAAUUCAACCAUGGGUCAGUUCCAUGGUGGUGUGUGUCCUGCAGGCCACUACUGUCCUAAAGGGAGUGCAAAGCCAAGCCCCUGUCCUCCAGGCACUUUCUUGGGAAGGUCUGCAGCUGAGUCUGAGGCCGACUGUGCAGCUUGUUACCCGGGGUCUUACUGCCCCUCAUGGGCUCAGACAUCUGCCGACCUCCUCUGUCCCCCGGGGUGGUUCUGCCCACCAGGAUCAGUGUCUGGACAUCAGCCAGGCCAUCGCUGUCCACCUGGCCAUGUGUGUCCACUCGGUAGUGCUGAGCCGGACAUAUGUAGCCCUGGCACAUUUCAAUCUGUAUCUGGACAACACACUUGUAACAGCUGCCCACCAGGAUUCUACUGUAUGGAGGGUUCAGUUGUGCCAUCUCCAUGUCCGAUGGGCAGUGUGAGUGCAUCAGCUGGCAGGACGUCCCUGGCUGACUGCCCCCCCUGCCCCUCUGGCUCCUUCUGUAACAGCAGUGGCCUGACAGAGCCGUCUGGACCCUGCAGCCCAGGACAUGUUUGUUCCCUGGGGUCCACUGAGCCUUCCCCUGUCUCGCAGUCUUAUGGAGAUGUUUGUCCCAUGGGGCACAUCUGUCCACAAGGUAGUGGGUUACCAAUACCCUGUCCCGCGGGCAGCUUCCUCCCAGAGCCUGGAGCUUCCUCCCCCACUCAGUGCCGCCGUUGCUCCCCAGGGAAAUACUGCGUCAGUCCUGGAAGCUCACAGCCCACAGGUCUGUGCUUUGCAGGUUUUUUCUGCUCUGGAGAUACAGAGAGCCCCACACCUCGAGCAAACUCCGCUUCAUUGAGCUGUCUUUGUGAAAUACUGGAGGAUUAUACACCGAAGACAGACGCCGCCCUCUGGAUUCACAAUCUGUCUUGCUUCAAUAACUCCCGGAACUCUGGAAGCAAAGCUGGCUGGAUUGAAGUGGUAACGCCACCUCAGGCAGAUUCAGACAGCAUUCUGAGUGACUCACCGCCAUGUCUCAAGAGUCCACAUUAUGCCUGCUCCACCUACAGAGGAGACAUAUGCCCUAAGGGCUUCUAUUGUCCUUUGGGCUCUGCAUUCCCCCUACUCUGUGAGGCUGGCUCUCACUGUAACAAGACUGGUCUGGAUGUCCCGACAGGGCCCUGUGCGGCAGGGUAUUACUGUCCCAAAGGCUCUUUAAACCCCCAUGCCUCCCUUUGUCCCCCGGGACACUACUGCCCCCCUGGAACUCUUCUUCCUCUGCCUUGUCCUGUUGGAACCAUACAAAGCUCCUUGGGUGGGUCUACAGUGGAGGCUUGCCAGCAGUGUCCUCAAGGUCACUACUGCCACCAGAGAGGAAAAACUGAGCCAAGUGGCUGGUGUGCAGAAGGCUACUACUGUCCUGAGGGGCAGAGCGCUGAGAGACCACAACAAAAUGUCUGCUCAGUGGGACAUUAUUGUGAGAAGGGCAGUGUCAAACCGACUGCUUGCCUUCCAGGCAGCUACCAGCUGAGACAAGGCCAGGGCUCGUGCGAGACAUGUCCUGCUGGUUCCCAUUGUCCAGAUCAAGGAAUGACCAUUCCAAUGCCAUGUGAGAGAGGAUUUUAUUGUCCCAGUGGAUCAGCCAAUCAACAUCCCUGUCCAGCAGGAACCUAUGGAAACAAGUCAGGAAUGGUUGAGGAAUGGCAGUGCUCACUUUGUGACUCUGGGGUGUACUGCAAAGGAACAGGGAGGACUUUCCCCAGUGGGCCGUGCACUGCAGGGUUUGUUUGUAUUGGUGGGGCUUCUGAACCUUCACCACUAGACAAUCUAACUGGAUUCCCAUGCCCUCCUGGCUUCUUCUGCUUUGUGAGGACUUCAGUGCCAAAACCAUGCCCCAAAGGAACAUUCAGUACGCAGAGCGGGCUUGUGGAUGAGUCUCAGUGUCGUAGCUGCAGUCCUGGCUUUUACUGUUCAGAGACAGGCCUCUCUGCAGUCUCUGGAGCCUGCCUGCCAGGUUUCUACUGUCUCGAGGGGUCCCAUACUGCCACUCCAAUGUCAAGUGUAUCUGGUGGUGUUUGUCCAGCAGGCCACUAUUGUUCCGAGGGCAGCAUUGUGCCCUCACCCUGCCCGGCUGGCUCUUACCAAAAUGAGACCGGAGGAAAAGGCAAAGAUUACUGCAAAACAUGCCCGCUUGGCUCGUUCCAGGAUUUAGCCGGCCAGAAAGAGUGUAAUCCCUGUCCUCCUGGGUUCCACUGCCAGUCCCCGAGUCCCAGCGCCACAAGGGGGAGCUCCACUGGGGUCUCCAGCCCUCUGCCCUGCCCAGCCGGCUACAUCUGCCCAAGGGAGAGUCAGCCAGUCCCCUGCCCAAAAGGCACCUACAGCCCCAGCCACGGUCUCACUUCCACAGGCGAAUGCUUAGUGUGUCCAGCGGGUCAGUUUUGUGGAUCAGAAGGUUUGAUUCAACCUUCAGGAUCGUGUGCUUCUGGGUUCCUCUGCCUGAUGGGCGCCACCGUGCCCAACCCGACUGACAAUAAAACUGGAUCUCUCUGUCCAGCCGGGACUUUCUGCCAACAGGGGCUGAGAGCAGGUGAUUGCUGGCCAGGGUUUUAUUGUGACCAGGGCUCUAGCAGAGCAGAUAACGCUUUCUGUCCGGCUGGUUUCUUCUGCCCCAGUCGAACAUCAGUCCCUAUACCUUGUCCUGCAGGGACCUUCAGCUCUGAAAUUGCCAACACGCAUCAAAACAACUGCACCCCCUGUACCCCUGGGUAUUACUGUCAAGAUGCAGGUUCUGUACAGCCUGCUCUGUGUCCAGUCGGAUAUUACUGUCCUCCGGGCGUGACUCUAGGACUGGAGUUCCCGUGCCCACCUGGGACUGUGCAGAGCCAGAUCGGAGCCUCCAGCCCAGAUGCCUGCCUGCCCUGCCCCGCUGGAAUGUUCUGCUCUCAACCUGGACUGUCGCAGCCAACAGGACUCUGUGAGGGAGGAUACUUCUGUCCCGGGGAAUCAACCAGCCCUAACUCCACUGAGUAUCAGGGGAACUCUACCAGAACCCAUAUCUGUCCUUCUGGCCACUACUGCCCCUCUGGAACUGGCUUUCCGCUCCCCUGCCCCACAGGCUCACUUUCCAUCUUCAGAGGAAUGAAGGCAGUUGAUGGAUGCCCACCCUGCCCCCCUGGACUGUUUUGUGACAGGCCUGCAAUAGCAGGGCUCUCAAAUGCUCGUCCAUGCAGUGCUGGGUAUGUUUGCCUUGGUGGCAGCUCUAGCCCCAUGCCAUCUGACAGUUCCCAUGGCUACCUCUGCCCUGCUGGCCAUAGCUGUCCUGUUGGCUCUGCAGUCGAGGUGCCCUGUGAGCCCGGCACUUACAGUCCUGCCCCUGGAGCUGCCUACUGUAUAAUAUGCCCCGAAGGGACCAUGUGUUCUUCCUCAGCCACUCGAGAGACCUCAAUCUGCCCAGCUGGUCAUUUUUGUCCUGCGGGGACAGCCCUGCCACAGCGCUGCCCUUUAGGGACUUUCAGCAACCAGACAGGUGCAUUUUCUCUCUCUGUCUGCACACCAUGUCCCUCUGGACUGUACUGUGGCUCACAUGGAGCCUCAACACCACAAGGUUCUUGUUUGCUGGGUUAUUUUUGCCAAGGUGGAGCCAUUGAGCCAACCCCACAGAGCUCUAACAAGUUCCCCAUGAAUGGCCCUUGCCCCCUGGGCCACUACUGUCCAUCAGGGUGCCUCUCCCCAGUUCCAUGCCCUCUUGGCAGUAUUCGCAACACCAUCGGAGGGGUUUCCAUGGAAAGCUGCUCUGCCUGUCCUGUUGGUCACUACUGCUCCACGGAGGGUCUGGCCAACCCCAGUGGCCCCUGUGCUGCUGGUUUCUUCUGCCCUUUUGACUUCUCCUCAACCACUCCAUAUGCCUUCCUCUGUCCUAAGGGCCACUAUUGUCCAGAGGGCUCUGCCCUGGCCUUGCCUUGUCCCACAGGAGAGUACCAGCCAAACCCGGGAUCAGAUAGCUGCAUCCCAUGCAGACCUGGAUUCUACUGUGAGGAGGCCAUAGUGGGAGAGCCAUGGCCCUGCCCACCACACUCGUUCUGCCCUGCAGGAACAAUGGUGCCUCAACCGUGUCCUAAUGGCACUUAUACUCAUUCAAACCAGGGAGGGCUACAAGAAGAGAGAGAGUGUUUACCCUGCCCUUCAGGAAGGUUCUGCAGGGCUGGGAGGAUCCAGGGUGUGUGUGCCGCUGGCUAUCUUUGUGUUUCUGGGAGUGCAGAUUUCACCCCUCAGGGACCUGAGGACCCUAAUAGGUCUAAUAUGACCCAGUGCCAGUCGGGCAUGCAGUGUGCUGGUCCAUGUCCGGCAGGUUUCUUCUGUCGUGAAGGCACAGAGGAGGCUGAGUUGUGUCCUUCAAACACUUUCAGGAGCUCCCCAGGAGGUGCCAGCCUACAGGACUGCUUACCCUGCCCUCCUCAGUAUUGGUGUCAACCUGGAGACCCAGUCCUUCAUCCGUGUCCUGCUGGUCUUUACUGUGAUGGUCUGCCUGGCAGUGACUUCGAUGGAGGGACGGGGCCCAGGCUGUGUCCGCUGUACACAUAUCGAGCCCACCCCGGGGCAGGCAGCAAGGGGGACUGCCUGGCCUGCCCGCCUGGUUCACACUGUAACAGCACAGGGCUUACAGACUCCUCCAACAGUCCCUGCCCACCUGGUUUUUGGUGCAGUGGAUCCGGACCCCCCAUCCUCUGCCCCGCGGGCACUAAGAGGGCCCUUCCUGGAGCCGCUGCACCCAGCCAGUGUGAACUGUGUGCAGGGGGAACCUUCUGCCCAGACCCUCGGGCUACAGGGAAGCCCAAUGUGGAGGGGAUUUCCUGCAGAGCCGCUUAUCAAUGUCCCAUGGGUGCAGUAACAGAGAGGCUGUGCAGAGCUGGCUCAUAUUGUGGACCUCAGACUGCUGAGCCUGAAGUCUGUCCUGAAGGAUAUUUGUGUCCUCAAGGAUCUCAUUCCUACCAAACCCCAAAGCAACUCUGUCCAUUUCCCUACCACUGCCCAGCCAACAGCUCUUCCAUGAAAUCCUGCGAUGGCGGUUUCAUGCCUGUCAACACCAGCGGCCUCAGAGGAUCCAAAAACAGCUGCUGCACUGUGUGUGACGAGGGCACCUAUCGUCAGUACCUCUCCCCCAUCCAAAAAUGCCUUCCAUGUCCUGCAGGAUACUUUUGUCCCUCUGGUACAGACAACUACAAGAGUAACCCUUGCCCUCUUGGGUAUGUCUGUCCCACCGGAUCCACACAACCAAUACCCUGCCCUGCUGGCUCCUUUGGCAACCUCCCUCUUGCUAAAAGAAUGGGUAACUGUCAGCCAUGUCCUGCUGGCACCUUCAACCACCUGCCUGCUCAGAAGGCCUGCUUUUCCUGUGGCAGCUCCUCCACCUCACCAGCAGGUUCUUCUUCUUGUACCUGUAUUGCUAAGAAUCGAGCAUUCCAGCACUCUGAUGGUUCAUGUUUGUGCAGAACUGGUUUUAUCUUCUACAAUGAACUGGAUUUCAAAAGCUCUACUUCUGACAGUGAGUUGGACUGCCAGCCUGAGGCAAACAAGCGUUGUGCCACAGGUGAGGUACGUCUGGCAGACUCCAGAGAGUGUGUGUCACCUUCCCUCCACUCGUGUAAUAUCACCUGUGGACAACAUGGAGGAAAUCUGGAUGUGGAGAUGGGAAUCUGCCAGUGUGAGCGAUAUGUGUCUGCUGAGGAGCUUUGCAACACUUCCUGCCUUUCCAGACUACCUCAGCUCUCUGCCCAGUUCUCUCCAGAUGGACACCUGCUGCUCAGCCUCAAAGAAAGAGAUAAAAUGGUCUGGGCCAGGACUGUAAUGAAUGUUUUAGGACCAGAUUUCCACGCAAACAAUAUUGGUAAAAUCCAUUUGGUCCAGUUCGACCCUGAAGGCGUGUUUGGUUGGAUUCCUACACAAAGAGAGCUCAUCAAUCAGUUCCUGUCGGAACCAAUAGAAGUCCUAAGUACAAGACCCAGACAAAGGAGGGAGACAAAAGAUGACGUCUUUCCUCGUAUCCCCAACCCCAUCGCCUGUCUGUCCUCUGGUGACAUGCUCAUAUUCCACCUCACCAUCAACCACACUGACCGCCGUCACAGCCACUUCCCAGUAUAUCAGAAAGACCACUUAUUUAACAGUAACCCCAGCUGGGACUUUGGUGCCUUCAGGCGUCUACAGAUUCUCAUGAAGCAGACAAACUUCAACUCUACAAGGUUUGCCCAUGUGUUCUUGGAAACAGGGAAGUAUGUGUUUGUUGACAGUGCUGUGCCAGAUUGGAGUUUGGUGGUGGUGGUCAGUGAGGAGGGGACAGAGUGUGACCCCCGGGCCUCCGUCUUCCAGCCCAUGACCCCGGCACAGCUGGUCAAGCACGGGAUUGUAAAACAGCACAGACUCAACCUUCUACCUGACUGGGGAGUGAUAACAGGGAUCCUGAGUCUGCUACUGGUUGUAGUUGUGGUUUUGACCACCACAGUUUUAGUUCUGCGACCUGGAAAAGCAAAACUUGUCUCCCAGUGGAGGGCUAAGCCGAAGUGGCGCAGCCUUGGGGAGCCCUUCUGUCCGGUGGAUUGUGUUUGCAGUGGAGACAGCAUAGCAGUCCCAAGCCAAGGUGGUUACUUAGGUAGUAGGGGUGUAGGAGAGGGAGCUGAGGAGACGGCUGUUUCAAAAGGAGGAUGUGUGUCAGGGUUCUUUGAUUUGGAGGAGUUAAAUGUGAAGACUCUGUACGACAAACUAGAGGAUCAGAACCUGCACAUAGCCUCACAGCUGGCCAGGCACCGCAAAGACACGCAGGAGUUUUAUAGAAACAUUUGUCAACAGACUGAAACACUCAAGAAUGUCUUUGACAAUAUGGAUCAUAAAAAACUGAAUCUUCUUAAGGAGCUUAUAGUCCACAAUGCAAUGAGGGAUAAACCAUCUAACAGCAUGGCAGGAGAGAGGGAUACACAAGCUGAAGCAUCUGUAGCGUUACUGGGAGCUGUUCUCAGGUCAGUGGAAGCCCUCUUAUGCAGGCUCACAGGAGAAGCUUGGCAGAACCAGGAGUUGCCUGCUCCUCCAUACUGUCAUACUGCUCCUCAUGAUGCCAGGGAGUGUGAGCCGCAAGCUGGAUACACACAGCCUGGUGACACCAACAUGUGUUAUACACAGUUUUCUUCAAUGAAUAUGACCAAAGCAGAGCAAGCUCCUUGUCUAAGUGACCAUGACCUGUCCAAGCUUGUCAGCAUAUCUCCUCUAUUCAAGACCCUGCAGGAGAUACAACAGUCUUUACAGAACCUUACAACAACUGGCUCUGAUCAGCAUCUUCAUAAUGAGCAUUGUGUCGUUGAUGCCCAGAACCACGAUAGGCCACUAGUCCCGACUGCCCUGGACAAUCUCUCCCCUCAACACUCGGCCGUGUUCCUGUUUGGUUGCCAGGUGAUGCAGUUGCUCGCAGACUGCCCCCUGUUUCCCUCCGUGCUCCUGCUACUGACCAAGUCGAUCCCUGUUUCCUCAUCUUCCUCUAAUGAGGCUUUACUGGCGCAUUGUUCAGGGGACUUUUAUUUUGAUGCAACCAAUCAAAUCCUUUAUCUGUCAGAGGCAAAGCUUCAGCAUGUGGGACAUUUCAUCGCUACUAUUCUGCAGGCCAUGGCCUACAUAGCAUCAGGAUCCAAACCUCAGGGCUUUAUGAAAGCUCUCCAUGAGGCCAUUUCAGCUGUAAGCCUUCAGCUGCUCAACAUUUCUUUUAAAUGGAACACAGCAGAAUCGGAAUUUGAUGCUUCAGAGGAGCGACACGGUGCAUUUGUUGAGGAAUUUCUUAACAUAAGAGUUCCCACUGAAGGGCUGUUCACUGAGCACCUGUUAGCUAGCAGACUUCAAAAAUAUAAAUAUUUCAAGUUAGAGCAGCUCGUCACAAACCUGAAACGGAGUUCAACUGACAGCACGGACACAGGUUUACCACCAAAAGGGACACCAGUGCAGAUGUCCUGCAUAGAGGAAGAAAUUGACCGCAUGACUGAGUCUUUUCUGCAGCUGAGUGUGCAGCUGCAGAAGAGAGCUCAAAUGAGCUCAUGGCUGAAGGAGAGAGAGAGGAGUGCUGGCAACCAUUCUGCGAAGGCAACACCAACCAGCAUGCCAAGCCUGAGUCGUAGUGGAACAAUCCUGCUGGAACUGAAGAGGCGCUAUGUAUCACAGCGCCUCAAUGAGCUCCAAAUCACAUUAGGCCACAUCAGACAGAGCCAGCAGCAUGACGGCAAGUCAAAAUACGUGACAAGAAGCAGCUCACAAACAGACAGCAUCACCACUCAGCAGGGGAAGGGGGAUCUUUACCCUGGCAUAGAAGGAUACAGUCCUGCUGGCGGCCAGCGGAAGGAUAGUAUUCCAGCUAGCGAGGAUCACAGCCAACAAAAAGAAAAGAGCAGAGGUCUUGGUAACUCUAAACUGGAGGGUCAUAUUUCCGACCAGCAGACCAUCGACUCUGUUCAAAGACACAACCCUGACACAUUACUGGACUGCCAGAUGCUGGAGAGUCAAGAUCAGCUGCAUCUUAAUGAAAGCAUGAGAUAAACAGUCGGAUCACACAAGACAACACAACGGGACAAACAGAUAUUGAUGACAUGUGGGAGCCCAAUGAUCAGUAACUGGAUCUGAAUGUAAAUCAAUCCUGAGAAAUGUGUUUCUAGCUUUUUUGUGCCUUGUUGUUGUUCUUUAAAUAGCUUUACUAUCUAUGUACAGUUUAAUAUGCUGUCUUGUUUGUUGAAGGAUGACUCAAGUUACCUCUACUCUGAAAAACUGCUGUUCUGUUGUGUUCUUUUGAAUUAUCUGUGAUCCAGAACAGAAAUAAUGUCUGGAAACAAUCGGUGUGACACAAUCUGUCAUCUUGUUCAAACUGUUUCUCAGGCAGGAUUUAAUACCGGCCCUUCCAACAGGCUCUGUCAUUACCAUAUUAUAAUUAAGACAAUAAACUUCAGCUUAAUAAACACAA